AUGGCAUUCGUUGGAGGAUCCAGACUCCUGAUUUUAGAUGAGCCAACAGCGGGAAUGGAUCCGCAUUCUAGGAGAAUCGUUACAGACUUCGUCAUAAAACAAAAGCAAGACCGGUGCAUUCUGCUGUCAACGCAUUACAUGGAUGAGGCUGAAGCCAUGGGUGAUUUCGUGUACAUCAUGAGCCUGGGACGCGCCGUAUGCAGUGGAACUCCAUUUUUUCUGAAGCAAAAGUAA